AUGAGUCGGCUGAGCCGAGCCGCCCUCAAAUGGAGCCGCCUGAUCGGAACAGCUCAGGCAAGUCGUCCGUCGCCUUCGUCCAUCUUCUCGUCGCCGAAGCUGUUCUCAACUGAAGCGGCCGACCCGAGCCUCGGCUCCUCCGACGAUCCGUUUAAUCUAAAUCCAGCUGGUCGGGUUUAUGCUAAACUCACUAACAUCAGUAGGCACACAACAAAGACUGAUAUAAUCCAUUUGCUCGACGAUUGUGGAUUGAAUCCAGAAAACCUGAAAGUUGAGUACAAUUUAAGCUAUACUCCCCAGUCGAUGAUGGUUGAAUUUUCCUCUGGAGAAGCUUAUAGUGCUGGCCUCAAGGCAAUUAAUCGGGCUGGUCGCGUUUAUAAUAUGAAAAGGGUGGAUAAAUCUGAUUGGGACAUAACUUUUCCUUAUGAUGGAAAAGUGAUUUUACUGUAUGCACUGCCUCGAAAUGCGCUGAUGGAUGAUAUUGAGCGGUUCCUUUCUGGGUGCCAAUACGAUUCAUCGUCGAUUGAGAUAUUUAACAGGCCGAGCAAUCCAAACAAUGUCGGCAACACCAUUAACAUCCGAAUGGGACUCGUGCGCUUCCCUUCCCAAGCCCUGGCCACGCAUGCAUUCAUUACCAAAAACAGAGGCUUUUGUCUUAAUGCCCAAAUCUCGGUUCAUGUUCUCCAUUAG